ACUUUGUUAAUAAUCUCAAAAAUAGCACAAAUAAAGAAAGAAAAAAAACAAUCAUGGCAACUCCAACACCAACUCGGAGCCCCGAACUGCGAAGAGACCCGGUAACGAACAGAUGGGUCGUAUUCUCCCCGGCCAGAGCUAAACGCCCCUCCGAUUUCAAGUCGAAAUCCUCAGAAAAUCCUAACCAUAAUUCUUCCUCAUGCCCAUUCUGCAUAGGCAAUGAGCACCAGUGUGCACCCGAGAUAUUUCGGGUCCCGAACGAACCGAAUUGGAAACAUCGGGUCAUCGAGAACUUGUAUCCGGCUUUGAGCAGGAAUCUCGAGUACCCAAUUGGUCAAAAUGGCGACUCGAGUAUCGAUUUGGGCGGGUGGGGUCGGGUUGUACCCGGGUUCGGGCUUCAUGAUGUGGUGAUUGAAACUCCGGUUCACUCGGUUCAGUUGUCGGAUUUGAGUCCGAGUGAGCUUGGUGAUGUUUUAAUUGCUUAUAAGAGGAGGAUUGAGCAGAUUAAAGGAUUUGAUUCAAUCAAAUAUGUUCAGGUGUUCAAGAACCAUGGAGCUUCAGCUGGGGCUUCGCUGAGUCACUCUCACAGCCAGAUACUGUCUCUUCCAGUUGUUCCUCCUAGCGUUUCUGCUCGAAUUGGUAGUAUGAAGGAGUAUUUUAAUCAGACAGGGAAAUGUAGUCUCUGUGAGGUUCAAUCGAAGGACGUUUUGAUUAAUGAAACCAGCCAAUUUAUUUCACUUGCUCCAUUUGCUGCUUCAUUUCCUUUUGAGAUAUGGAUAAUUCCUCGGGAUCAUUCUUCUCAUUUUGAUGAACUAGACAAUGAAAAGGCAGUUGAUCUUGGUGGCUUGCUAAAACUCAUGCUUAGGAAGAUGUCUUUGCAGUUGAAUAACCCACCAUUCAAUUUCAUGAUUCACACUUCACCACUUCAGCUUACUAACUCAGAGUUACGAUACAGUCACUGGUUUUUACAGAUAGUACCUCAGUUAACUGGUGUAGGAGGUUUUGAACUUGGAUCUGGAUGUUACAUAAAUCCUGUUUUUCCUGAGGAUGCUGCUAAACUUUUGAGGGAAGUUAAUGUUCCGAUAGAGGGAUAAAAACUAAUUUAACAUCAUCCUAGUAAUGUAAAAUCAUAUUUCAACAAUAAAAAAUCAACACUUUACAUGAUGGAAUCCAUUGUGAAUUUUUUUUGGCCA